CACCACAAUCCCGCCGCACACGUACGCCGUGUGCUUUCGUGACAUGGUAACACGCACAGCUGUGUGCAGUGGACACGGCAAAGGACAAGCUAAUGUAGCAACGACGUAACCUAGUAAAUGGCGUUGAUUCCAUUUAAGGCGAAAUAUUACACGUCUGUAUCAGGAUGAUAUAAUAGUCCAUCGAUUUUAUGGGGUUUUUGUGUGUGUGUGAAUGUUCAGUAUUAGAGAAUACACGAUCGCAGGAAACCAGCUAUAAUUAGCCACGUCAUCAUUCGGGACCUCUCGGAUUUAUAGGAAUCAAGUAAGGUACAUAGUGAUUGUUCGGAGGCAUGAAUCUUGUUCUAUCAUUACAUUUGCUGAUAUUGCGAUUGGUUAUAACGUCUUUGCGAGCAGAAUAUUUACAACACACGAACCGUACUACCUAUGUCGAUACGUUCCUACAGAGGCGGGCCCCGGGACUCCGGGCCCCAAAGAAACUUUGGUGGGCCAAGGAGCUGACGCCCGACUUUCACGUCGCUGGCAGGUUGUCCGAACGACAGAUCAAAUACGCAGCUGACGGAGGAUUUAAAAGCAUUGUGUCCUUGUUUCAUGAUGAUGAACCAUCCCAAAUCGGCGAUGAGUAUCUGCCCACUAGUGCCGAAGCUGCAGAGAUCGCACAACUAGCCGGUCUAGAUUAUCGAGUUGUACUGGAGUCUGAUAAUUGCGAUUGGGCAUCAGUAGUAGCCGUCGAGAAAAUAUCUGCCAUUAUUCCAACAUUAAAAAAGCCUAUUCUCCUCCAUUGUAAUCGAGCUUACACGAUAGCAUUCACGACCAUGAUGUACUUAGCCAACGCUUCAAAACACGACCAAAAUUUCACACCUCAAGUCAACACAGAAAACAUAUUCAAGAUGGCCGCCGUCAUGGGCUUAGAUUUUACUAUGGACUUCACGCUAGAGACUGUAGCGAAAAUCAACAGCGAAACGAUUCCGGAGAAUUUACCUCAACCAAAUGUGGUGCCAGAGGAAUGGUAUGACUACUGGAUGGCCCACCCCGUGUAUCAGAACUGGUUCACUGCGGGACAGAUCCGCCAAAGUCACCUGGAAAAUAUACAAAUGGCCGGCUUCAUCCACGUUAUCAACAUGAGAAUGGGAGUUGAUGACGAAAACGGAAAUCCUUCCCAAGAGCAGGUAACUCUCAUCAACGUUAAAGAUGGCACACCGACGUACGGAAACAAAGAGACUGGACCGCGACAAAAACCGGACACUUUGAAGAAUAUUGUCAUUGACUCCACAAAGAACAAUUCUUUUGUGACCAAGAAUUCUGACGUCAAUUUCGAAUCGCGUAAUUCAGGAGAGUUUGGAGACGAGAUUGGCUAUAACGAAGACCGGGAGAGACAAGUUCUAGAAAAGGCGGGUUUCCGAUACUAUCAUAUGCCAGUCCUGUCUGGUGGAAAGUUUAGCCCAGAGUUAUUCGGGAAAUACAAGGACAAGCUAUUGGAGAUCGGGAGAACGGGAGAGCCUGUCCUCGUCCAUUGUGCUAGCGCCCACAGAGUCGCUUACAUGACUGUGCUGGCCGCCGCACUACAGUACAACAAAGACCUAGACUGGGCUCUACAGAGGACGCGCGAGCUCGGAUUCGUCGUGAGCCCCACCGAGCACAAGGACGUUUACCUUAUGUACGCUGCCUGGUUAGACUCCAACAAGUUCAACUCUACUAAAGACGAACUUUGAUCAUCGUCGUAAAAAAUCCUGAUCGAUUUGUAGUUAAUAUGAAUUGAAUGUGUGGUCUAUCUUGAUACUUUUGUAAAUAUAUGAACUUUAUUUUGAUACAAAAAACGUAAAAAUAAUCCCAGCUACAAAACAAAAUGGUAAUUUUUUAAUUUCAUUGAAUUUACUUUGACCUAAUGAAAAUUAAGAUUAAGAAUGUGUAAUUUCUAAAUAAAAACAAAAGAAAAUAUAGUUUAAUUUUAAUAAAAAUACAAUUUUCAAUUGUUUUUAUUUGAAAGAUUUCAAUUAUUUUCAUAAUAUUAUAAAUUAUGGUUAUCUGAACGUGAACUUGUUGACCCCUACAUUUGUUAGUAUUAAUCUGUAUAUCAAUAAAUAUCUGUAAAGAUUUCAUUCCACGCUAGCGUCAAACAGUAAACAACUACCCAUUUUAACUUAAGUUAUUCGUUUUCCAGCCGUUUCAAAUUCCAUAUCGUUAUAACAUCGGAACAGAAAACAAUAUUUGACAGAGUUUUUAUACAGAAACUGUAUUUUUGAUUUUAUAUAACUACAUAAUGUUAUUGUUUUAAUUACUGUUCAAUGAAUCCCCAUUUAUUGUUAAACAGUGUGAAUAUGUCUCACUACCCUAGAUCUAAUGCAGAAUGUCUCUUGGUGUUGAAAGUUUAGUGAACUGGAUGUGUGGACUGGAAGAGAGAAGUAUAUGACCCGAAAGUAUAACCUUUACGUUUGAAAUGCGUUGUUUCUUUCAUUAAGUUAGAAUGUGUGUUGAAUAUAAAACUUAUAAAUUAUACGCCAUUUUUCCGGGUGCUGUUGUAAUCUUGUUUUAUCAGUAUAUUUAACUAAAAAUUCAAAAUGUCUUAAAACCUAUAUGCAAUAUACAUUAACUUGAUGGUUUCUGUGUGCUUCAAAAUACAAAAGAAAAUGUCUCAUAUACAGUCAAUGGUAUAAGGGUAUAACGUCACAUUCUUCACGUAUAUGCAUAGUUUAGACAGAAAAAACAAAGGUCACAAAUCAACUACAUUAAUUUUCAUGUUAUUUUUUUUCAUUUUGUUUUAUUUUUCACUUCUUUUGAGCUGUUAAUUAUCAUGUUUCUGUCCUUUUAGCGAGAAAUGCGAAAUAUAUACAGUACAAUGUAAAUGUACGAGUUAUCCCCCUUCUUUCGUGAUUCUUUCCAAGUCAUGUAUGAAAGUUGAUUUGUUUGUUAAAAUGUUAUCGUAAUAAAAAUAAAAAUUAUAUCUAAUGUUAAAGAAAAAUAAUAAAGCUGGAUAUGUAUUAAAUACAAUUUCAAAUAGAUUUUAACUGUCUUUGCAUUUGAAUUUUCCUAGUAACUGUCGCUGUAUAUACAUACGCACGACAUACAUAAAUUAUACAUAUAUAAAACGUGUAUCGCUCAUAUAAAGGUGAAAAAAA